AUGCACGCGUCGGUCGCGGCACUCAUGGGCAGACGAGCGGUCCGAGAAUCCUUCACUUCGCUCACGACGAAACUGAGCAAGAAAUCUGGCUAUUACAAAGGGAAACGAAGCGUCUCCCCCGGGUGGCACGAGAAGAAAGUCGGCGGAGGAGGCAAAGGGAGAUUCGUUUUGCUCGAUUGGAAGAAACCGACGUACGUGAUUCCGGAAGGAUUGAAUGAGUUUACGCUGAAAGCGUACGUCGCGAAAGGCGUGACGAAGUGA